UUCUCUCUUCCCUGUUCAUCUGUUUUUAUUCCGUUCUUCUAUUCCACCCCCCUCCCCUCUUCCCCUUAUUAAAUCAUCAGGCACCUACUUUCUCUCCUCUCGUAUAGAGUUCUUUUUAAAGAAUCAACUUGCGUUUCGGCCCGCAAAGUGGACUCCUGAUUGGAUUUGGAGCAGAAUUGUGGGCUGCGAGGAGGCGGAGGAGGAAGAAGCGGCCAUCCAUGGCGCAGGAUACAUGGGAAGCAGACAAGAGCUUGGAUGCGUACAUCUAUGAUUACCUGGUGAAGAGGAACUUGCAGAACACUGCAAAGGCAUUCCUAGCCGAAGGCAAUGUGUCUACAGAUCCUGUUGCAAUCGAUGCACCGGGGGGUUUCCUAUUUGAGUGGUGGUCGGUCUUCUGGGAGAUCUUCAUUGCAAGGACGAAUGGCAAGCACUCUGAAGAUGCUGCUUCGUACAUCGAGACACAGAAGAUUAAAGCUCAAGAGCAGCAGGCAUUACGGCAGCAGCAGCAUCAACUUGCUCAUUCCCAGCAGUCACCACACCAGAUCCAAACACAGCAAGUCCUGCUACAGAGACAUGCACAACAGCAACAGCAACAACAACAACAUCCCCAGCAGGAGCAGCAGCCAUGCCGCCAGCAGAAGCAACAGCAGCGUAACGAAAGCAGUUAUUUGCCUACAAGUUCUCAGAAUUGUUCAGUAUCUGCUGAUCCAAUAACACGACAAAAUACUGCUGCCGCAAGUUCUUUGUCUGCAAAGAUGUAUGAUGAGAGAAUGAAGAUUUCUUCUCAGAGGGAUGCUUUAGAUGAGGCAUUAAUAAAGCAAAGGUAUACUGAAAACAUUGAGCAGCUGCUGGAAUCAAACCAGGCAUCUAUGCUGAAGUCCACCGCAAUGUCAGCUCAGGCUUCAGGGAAAAUAUUUCAAGGAUCUGCUGGUGGCAUACCAGGUAGUUUCCAGCAAGCUCAGGCCAGGAGCCUGCAGCUUCAGGGAUCAACACAGGAAAUCAAGGCAGACACAAAUGGUGCUCUAAAUUUUAGUGCUGCAGGAGCAGACGGAUCUUUACUUGGAGUACCAGGUGCUAAUCCUGCGGGGCACAAUUUGACCUUGAAAGGCUGGCCUCUUACGGGUUUGGAUCAGCUUCGAUCUGGAUUUCUCCAACAGAAAUCUUUUAUGCAGUCUCCCCAACCGUUACACCAUCUUCAGUUUCUCACUCCACAACAGCAACAACUUCUACUUCAAGCACAACAAAAUAUAGCAUCUUCGCCUGGAGAGAUGGAUGGCAGAAAGCUUCGGAUGCUUCUGAACAGUCGAAACAUGUUUUCUGGAAGGGAUGGUCAAUCAAAUGCAUUCACAGAAAUUAUUCCUAGUGUUGGGCCUUCAUUGCAAAACAUAUAUUCACCUGUGCAGCUCAUGGAGACAGAUAUUCUAAUGAAGAAAGUAGCAGCUUUGCAGCAGCAACAACAAAACAGCAGUCAGCAACAGCUCCUUCAACACCCAUUACUAUGUCAGGAACCACAAAGCUCAAACCACCACCCAAGCAAUCAUGGAAAGUUGGUAUCCGGAAGUGUUACUAUGGGUGGAAGCUUGUGUAAUUCCUCCCGUGGAAAUGAACAGGUUUCCAAGAAUCAAAAUGGGCGAAAGCGCAAACAGCCUAUCUCAUCAUCUGGUCCAGCUAACAGCUCUGGUACCAUGAAUACUACUGGCCCCUCCCCCAGCUCUAUACCCUCAACCCCAUCCACAGAUACUCCAGGAGACACCAUGUCAAUGCCAUUAAUACACAACAAUGCUAGUAUAUCAAAGGCGGUAGUUGUGUUUGGUGCUGAUACCCCAGGGACAAGGGAAUCACCAGCGAACCAGAUUGUUGACAUGGAUCGUUUCGUGGAGGAUGACUGCUUGGGAGAUAAUGUGGGCUCGUUCUUGCCUCAUGCUGCCGCUGCUGGUCUAAGAGAUGCACGCAGUCGUUGUAUGACUUCUACUAAAGGAUUCACCUUCCGAGAGAUCUCUUCAGCUCGAGCAAGCACAAACAAGGUCGUAUGCUGCCACUUCUCAUCAGAUGGAAAGCUACUUGCUACUGGGGGUCAUGAUAAGAAGGCGGUCCUGUGGCAUGCUGAAACCUUAAAACAGAAUUCAAUAUUGGAGGAGCAUUCUCAUCUGAUAACUGAUGUGCGGUUCAGCCCAAGCGUUCCACGUGUUGCUACAUCAUCAUUUGACAAAACUGUCAGGGUCUGGGAUGUCGACAAUCAAGGUUAUUCAAUUCGUACGUUCACUGGACACUCAGGAUCUGUUAUGUCAGUGGAUUUUCACCCAAACAAGGAUGACCUCAUUUGUUCUUGUGAUGGGGAUAGUGAGAUACGAUUCUGGAGCAUCAACAACGGAAGCAUUGUUCAAAUUUUCAAGGGAGGCUCGAGCCAGCUGAGAUUUCAGCCACGCCAUGGUGCAUUUCUUGCAGCAGCUUCAGAAAAUGUUGUGUCUAUACUGGAUGUGGAAACACAAACUUGCGUGAGGAGAUUUGAGGGUCACACAGAGCAUGUGGGUUCACUGUGUUGGGAUCCCUCUGGUGAAUAUGUUGUUUCUGCCAGUGAAGACACGGUAAAGGUGUGGUCUUUGAAUUCUGGGAAUGAGGAGAACUGUGUGCAUGAACUCAAUAGCAGCGGGAGCAAGUUCCAUUCGUGUGCUUUCCACCCUUUAUAUCCAUCUUUGCUCAUCAUUGGUUGUUACCAGUCUCUUGAGCUGUGGGACAUGUCGGAGAACAGAAGUAUGACUGUUGCUGCACAUGACGGCCUCAUCUCUGCCUUGGCCUCGUCGAGCUCCGGUGUGGUUGCUUCCGUAAGCCAUGACAAGCACGUCAAGCUGUGGAGAUGAACCGUUCCCAAGCUCGCCGUGCUCUGAUCCGUACCUGUGGAUCUGCUCUUUUAGUCGCAGCUGAAUGUCUGCCAACCGCUCUGGUGCUGAACAAUCUACAUAGUAGUCCCCGUCUUAUGCAGCCUACUGCUUAACUGGAUAUAUAAGGUUUAUCGCAGUAAAAUCUUUUGUUAGCCCUGGUACUCUGGGAGGGUGGAUUACUAGUGGUAGUCUACCCAGCUUUUGUAUAGAAAAGGAGGUUAUAUUUGUCAGGUUCACACCUUGCAUCCAUGAACCCUGAAAUGGUUAUGGUCAUACGGCUGCAUCUUUGGUCUGGAUGAUGAAUCGCUAGUCGUUUUAUCAUGUGAAA